UCGCGACUUCUUGCUUCUCCACGAAGCGUUCAUGCGCGCCCACUUCCUCGUCCUUGAGCGCUGCGUGUUCUUCGCACAACAGCAGUAGUCCAUCAUCUUUUGGCCCCCCCACCCCUCGGUCGUUACCCGCUCUGACCUGCCUCCUCGACCACCGUCUGCCUUGAACGAUGAGCCACUAGAAACGAACAUCCGACCGUCGCACGUGCUUUCGCAACAGCUCAAGAUGGCGAACGACCCGAAGCUGGGCGUGUCUGGGACGAUGUCCAUGGAGCCGCCCAGCCCCAAGGAUAUCAAGCUGGAUGAUGCGCUUCUGCAAGAGUUGAAAUCACGGAAUGAGUUUGAGGCUCCUGAGGAAACGCAGAGAAGACAUUCCGUCCUGGACCGACUGGAAAGCGUCUUGAAACGACUAGUCGCAAUGGUCGGGAAGCAGCAAGGCCUCCCUCCAGGCAUACUCAAUGAAGCCGGAGGCAAGAUAUUCACCUUUGGUAGCUUCGAGCUCGGCGUCUAUGGGCCCAAAUCCGACAUGGAUACACUCAUGGCCGCGCCGAAACAUGUCAGCCGCGAAGACUUCUUCCAAUACAUGCCAGACCUGCUUCGUAAAGAGUUCAAGCCGGAGGAGAUCGCCGAGCUCACGCCGGUGCCCGGGAUCAGUGUGCCAAUCAUCAAACUCGAGCUGUGCGGUGUCUCCGUGGAUCUCAUCUUCUGCAGGCUCCACCUUCAAUCGGUGCCAAAAUCCCAAGAGCUGUCCAAUCUUGAUCUGCUGCGGGGUUUGGAUGACACCGAUCUGAAGUGUGUGAACGGCACCAGAGUGACCCGGCGCAUUCUCGAGCUCGUCCCACAGACAAAGGUGUUCCGGAUGGCAUUGCGCGCGGUGAAGCUCUGGGCUAAACAGCGCGCGCUUUACGGCAAUAUCGUUGGCUACCCCGGAGGAGUUGCAUAUGCAAUGAUGGUCGCACGCAUCUGCCAACUCUAUCCCCGAGCCGCGGCACCACUCGUCAUUUGGAAGUUCUUCUAUCUCAUGAGGAAAUGGAACUGGCCGAGCCCGGUGCUGCUUCAAAACCAUGAAGAGGGCUCCAUAAAUCUUCGGGAAUGGGAUCCCAGCAUCUACCCUGGCGACAAGCGACAUCUCAUGCCCAUCAUCACUCCUGCGUUCCCUCGCGCCAAUGCGUGCCAUACGAUCGGGCCUUCCACCAAGAAGGUGCUUCUGCAGGAGAUGGAGCGGGCGGAGGGCAUUGUCCGAAGCAUCUACGAAAGUGGUCGACCAUGGAGGGAUCUCUUCCAGCGCCACAGCUUCUUCACCGACGCGUAUAGACAUUACAUCUGUGUAAUCACCGCUGGGCGAACGAAAGAGGCGCAGCAAGCGUGGUCUGGGCUGGUAGAGUCGAAAGUCAAAUGGUUGAUUGUGGGAAUUGAGCACUCUGACGCGAAGAGCGUGGAGCUUGUUCAACCGUACAACAAGGGCUUCAACCGAGUCCACGAAUGCAAGGGGGAUGCAGACAUCGACAAGACGCUGGACGGGAACCUCGAUUGUCAAGUCAAGGAGAUCAAGACCGUCACCACCGAGCAGGCGGGAGAUGUGCAAUUCCAAGCUGCCGCGCAGACAGACACGGAUGGUCAGGAAGUUCCUGCGCCGAACGGUGAAGCGGAGGUGCCGCCGCAAACAGACGGGCCGCAGACAAUCUGGACUACCACAUUCUAUCUCGGCAUCGGCUUGACUAAAGGGGCGAAUUCGCUCGACAUUUCUUCUCCAAUCCGCGACUUUACGCAGCAGUGCAAAGAGUGGCAGAAUUACGAUGAGAACCUGCACUCCAUCCGUGUCAAGCACAUGCGAAAUUACGAUCUCCCGGCGGACGUAUUUGCAGAAGGCGAGACACGGCCGACGCGGACGAAGAAGAAGUCGGCUCCCAAGACGACCGACCCGACGGCAAUGGACGCGGCGAAUAAAAAGCGUAGCUUCAACAACUCGGGCUUGGACACACUUGACGACCCCGCUAAGCGUCGUGCUUCAGCGAAUGGCACAGCAACGCCAAACGGUGUCCCUCCCCGUUGAUGGACAGACAUCAACUCGAGCGAAAUGAUAUCUCGACUUCAGCGUCUUACUACCAUCAUUCCCGGCCUCUAUUGGCUGCACCGUGAAUUCGUGAUUUUCCAGAUCCGAUUCACACUCUGCAGAUGAUGGCUAACCGACCUCAAAUGCAGUGAGGAUGUCCCGCAGAGCAGGCCAUAGGAGGGCCGAGCAAGACGCAUGCAGAUGGAUGGGAUUGGUAGGUAAGUGGCAGGCUUGCAUCCAUCCGCUGCCGAAUCACGUGUUCCCAUGCCCCCGCGGAAACGUUGAAGGAACAGCACCGGGGCGUCGAAUACGAAUAGCUGGCAUGGAGCACCGCAUGGAUCGGUGUUCUGGAAGGGAGGGAAUUUGGGUGUGGAAGCACUCGAGUUUGGCCAUGCAUUGCUAAUCGAUAGUAGUAUAUCACUAGUUGCCUUGAAUGGAACUCCGUUUUGCUGAAGCCCACGGGCUUCGAGUUUGCAC